AAAUUCAAGCACACUGCCAUGGCAACAACUUUCCAGCGUUUGAUUAGAAUGCCAAAGAGGGCCCGUUCCGCCCCACCAGGUGCAAAAGUUGAAAAAGGCCAACAGGAAACUGGACACCGCUCAGACUCUCCAGCUGCUAAGCACACCAGAGAGCUCCAGGCGUUUCUUCGUUUCGUGGAAUGUGACGAGGGUGGCUUCACGGAGUGGAUGGGGCGUGUUCGCGAGCGGUGGCAGGCCAAACUCGAAUGUCUUGAUGGUCGUGAUGAGGUGAGGCCAACAAGGCCCAACAAGCUCCCUGAGACCAUGGAGCAGGGCAUUCCUGAGACAGCCGAUUUUUGCGUGCCCUUAAACGAGCUGCAAAGGUCCAAGGUUUGUCCCCUUUUUGGGCAUGGAUGGCAUGGCGCAGAAAAAAGCAGGUGCAUGUUGAGUUUGUAAGAUCGCAAUCGAAGGGCAAACGCAAAUGAUGAAAGCUUGGUUGCUGACUUUUCAAGUCAUCCAUAAAAUGUGCUGGUUUGGCCAGCUUGAUUUUGUUUCUCGCCGCAUGAGCACAGACUGGUAUAGCUGUUGCGUUCCACAUGCGCGUGGCUUUGCCAGUUGGUUGAGAAGUGAUUUUGCAAGCAGAGGCCUUAAAGCACAUGCAGUUGGGUUCGAUGGCCAUGUAAC